UUCUGGGUAGAGCAUUAUUGCAAAGAUGGCGGCGACCUCAACAGGACGUGUUUUGACACUUUGCAGACAGUUUCAAAACGCUUUUAGGAUAUCUACACCCUUAUCAGCUCAACAGUCUAAUCUCACUUUGACCAAAUCUCAGUCUUAUCCUCACAGGUAAGAAUCUAAACCCUACAGUUUAUCCUUAAGGUCCAAGGACCGUAUGUUAUUUAGACAGGCUCUGGCAGCCAAAACAGCCAAAUACUCGAUCUAAAUGUGAAUCGAUUCUCAAUUGCGAUAUUGUUCUAAAAACAUAAAGACCUUUACUUUCAUAUCACAUCAAAAUAAUUUCACAAAUGCAAAAUAUACACAACAGGAGGUUGGUGGAACCUUCAUUGAGGAGGACGGGAUCAUAGUAAUGAAUUGAAUGGAAUGGUAUCAAACACAUGGUUUCCAUAUGUUUGAUACCAUUCCAUUGACGCCAUUCCAGUCAUUAUUAUGAGCCGUCCUCCCCUUAGGUGUUCAGCGCGUGUUAGAUAGCUAAUUAGCACAGGUGGUCACUCUGUCUUCGGUCUGUCUUCUGUAAACACGUGCAGUAACAUAUGACCGUGUGCGAACCCUUACCCUAUAAAAGGUGUGUAUCAAUUUAAUCUUAUGUUUUAUGCUUCCAAAACCGUACCGCAAGCGAUGCAUGUUAAUAUUCAGAUUGAGCGUAGGGGCACUUAACAAAACUCCCCUGUACAGAUGAUGCCUUCGUCCAAUGACUCUCAUGUGUAAUGUAAUGGAACUGAGAGUCACGAUCAAGGGCUAUCACCACUAUGGCUGAUAUGUAAUGCAAUGGCUAGGAUGCUGAUGAAUGUAUUUUACAAUGUACCUGAAUCUGCUGUGGUCCCCUCUGUUAGGUUAAUAUCUCCUCUUUUGAGCUUAAGUUGGCACUGUCAUGUGGGCCUUGUCCGUCAGUGUCGGCCUCUGCACACAACCAUCAGCAGGAGAGGACUUGAGGAGUUUUUCGACAUACCUGAAAACUGGGGGGAGUCAACCGUGAAGUCAGGUUAGCCUUUUGAUAGUAUAUCUGAUUACCAAAGCAAAGCUUUAUUUUUUAAAUACAUUUCCUCUGACUAAGGGACUGGUAAGUAUCUGAGUGUGGCAUUGAUUAUUUUCAUGAUUAAUUGUAGGAGCACCAUGGACGGCCAAGCAACUAAGGACAAAAAGUAAUGAAGACUUACACAAGCUCUGGUAUGUGGGGAAUGUUGACAUAGACUACGUUUACAUGCAUAAUAAUAAUUAGAUAUUCAACUGAUUAUGGCAGAAGGCCGAGCAUGGCAUUAGCCAUGUAAACAACUUACUCUGCUUAUCUUAAUCUGCGUAAGGUCAUAAUCGAAGUAAGCAUACGCUGAUUAAAACACCUGGUUUUCUGAUUAAUCUUUCAAAUGAUUAGGACAUGUAAACAGAUUUAAUUGGCAUUCCAGCAGUGUGUUUGAUCUGUGCAUGUGCCAGCACCAGGUAGCGCAAGCCUCCCUCUUAUGCGCGAGUGAAGUGCGUUCAGAAAACCUGAAAGGAUGUAUCUUAUAUAUAUGUCCGAACUCAGAAUCAAAUAGUCUUCACAAAAAUAACAUGGUCGCUGUGGUAGAACGUUUAUUUUGAUUGCCAAUUUUCUGCACUUUUCGGAUGUGUCCAUGUAAACAGGAUUAUUAAGGAAAUCGUUCUUCGGCCAAAGCAUGUAAACAUUUUAAACAUACUAUUAUAUUAACCUGACUAUCACAAUAAUCGGAUCGUGUGCAUGUAACCGUGCUCAUUGAAUAAAGAACACUGACCUCCAGAAUGAAUGUCCAUGAACUAAAUCGAGAAAAUCUUGUGUUCAAUGUUCUCACAGGUAUGUGCUCCUGAAAGAGAAGAACAUGCUGCUUACAACUGAGCAGGAGUCCAAAAGGCAAAGAAUUCAGAUGCCAAGUCCAGAUCGACUUAGGAAGGUAGAGAUGACCAGGCUCACCAUUAUUAAAGAUCUGGAAAUAUUUCUAGUAGGGCAUAGGUAGUAAUACAAGAAUUUCAAAGGGGAAGGAUUAAUGUCAAUGACAGCUAUCAAUGGGUCUCUUUUGGAGAAGUGUUAUUGGUCCAACUAGUACCUUAAAUAUGAAUGCAAAUACUCCAGUCCACACAGAAAUUGAGACAACCCUUAUCUCCUCAGAUUGAAAGGUCCAUGAACAGACUGGACACAGUGGUGAAGGAGAGAGAAGACGCCCUCCGUCUGCUCCAGACAGGCCAGGAGAGAGCAAGGCCGGGGGCCUGGAGAAAGGACGUCUUUGGACGGGUCUACUGGUACGGAGCUUCCAUACACAACAACCCACCUUGAUACAAUAUCUCUUUCCGCAACCAAAUGUUGCUUUCACCUUACUGUCCUUGUUUCCCAUUCAAUUUUCAAGCAUACUGUACAAAAUGUAGCAUGUUAGCAUGGCCUACAUUGAGUGAAGUGAACCAUCUUUGGAAAACUAUCAGGGUUGAGGAAUUAAGUACUCAAGGCAAACAAAGGCAGUUCUCCCAAAAAUAUUAAACGUUACUUCAUAGGUGUCAAAUGGCAAGUUUCAAUGUCAUUGCUCACUCUGCGAUCAUUGUAUUUUUUCUAGGUACCGGUUUAGAGAGCAUGCCCUUCCUUGGUACAUGAACAAGAGAUACAAACGCAAACGUUUCUACACACCCCUAUUUGUCACCCCCCACAUGAGGUAAGAAAAAUCGUUCAUGUAUUCAUUUAUAACAGUGUACAAUAUGAGAACCUCCAAGCAGAACACUUAACCAUGUCACAUCUUGCAUAAUUCUUGUCCUGGGUCAGCUUCAACUUCACAAGGGCAAAAGCACUCGUCUGUUGUCACAAGUAGUCUUGUUUAUUUUGUCCAGGCUUCGUCUAGAGAAACACCUCCGCGCUAAGACCAGAAAGCAGAAUGGAGAGAGACAAAAGCAAGCCAGGCUCCAGGAGAAGUUUCCCCAAAUGAAGUCCCAGUCAUCAUGAGACCAUUAAUGACCAAUAAACAUCAUUCUCCCUUCUGCCAUUGAUUGGAGCUUGUGACUGUACCUACAUUAAUUUACCCCCUGUUUUUUGCAUAAAUAUGUCUGUCAUCAGCAUUUA